AUGGUGGUGGUAGGGUGCAAGGGACAGGGGUGGCGGCGAGGGAGUGAGAGUGAGACAGGUUGUGGUGGUGAUAUCGGUGGUGGUAAGGUACAGGGACAGGGGCAGAGGAAGGAGAGAGAGUUUGGUGGUGGUGAAAUGAUGAGCAACAACGAAGAACUUGACAGUCAUUCUAGUACCAUCACAAAUGUGGCAACUACUCCUACAAUAGUAGUUUCUCCUAAAGUAGCACCUUUUCUCACUCCUGGAGGAACAAAAGAAUGGCUUCCAAUAUGCCCCAAUGAGUUGAAACCAGCUAUAGGGAUGAAGUUUAAUAAUCUUGAAGAGGGCCUUGAAUUUUAUAAAAGAUACGCAUUUGCUGCUGGAUUCAACACAAGAAAAUCUACAACUAAAAGGCAAAGAAGAAGCAAAGAAUUGAAAUCACAGUAUAUCUUAUGCAAUAAAGAAGGAUACAAAGAGAAAAGAAAGCCUACUGUUGAAAAAGAUUUAAAUAACAACGAAGGAGAAAGCAAUGAAGAAAAAACUUCAAUCAAAAGGAAGAGACUCGUUACUCGUGUUAAGUGCAAGGCACAUAUUAUCAUAAAGCAUUGUGAUGAUAACAAAUUCAUAGUGUCACAAUUUCAUGAGGGACAUACUCAUCCACUUUAUACACCUAGUUGCAAUCUCUUCCAAAAAGAAGGAAGAAAAAUGAACAUAUUGCACAAAAAAAUAAUUGUGAAUAAUUCUAAGGUGAAUAUUGGUCCUGUUACAACUUUUCGAAUGAUGAAGGAAAUUGUUGGAGGAUAUGAUAACAUCGGUGCAUCUAAGCAAGAUUUCAAAAAUUUUCAUAGAGAUUUGAAAGCAUACAUUCAAGGAAGUGAUGCUCAAAUGUUCGUGGAUAACUUUACCAACAAAAAGUUAAUGUGGAGCGCUUUUUUCUUUGAUUUUGAGAUGGAUGAUGAUUAUUGCCUUUGUAAAGCAUUAUGGGCUGAUCCCCUUUGUAAAAAGAGUUACGCUCUAUUUGGUGAUAUGGUAUCCUUUGAUACCACAUACCAAACCAAUAGGUACAACAUGGUGUUUACUCCAUUUACAGGGGUUGACCAUCAUAAGAGCUGCAUUACUUUUGCUGCUGGUUUCAUAGCAAAGGAAGAUAUAGUGUCAUUUGAGUGGUUGUUCAGAUCAUUUCUCAAGUUAAUGGGUGGAAAUGAACCGAAUUGUAUGAUUACAGAUCAAGAUCCAGCAAUGAAAAUUGUUGUUAAAAGUGUGUUUAACAAGACUGAACAUCGCUUCUGUAUGUGGCACAUAAUGAAAAAGUUACCAGAUAAGGUGGAGAAAUCAAUCAUGCAAGAAGAAACUGGUUUCCUAAAAAAAUUAUGUGCUUGUGUUUGGCAUCUUGAAAUUGAACCUGCUGAGUUUGAAGAAAGGUGGAACAAGGUGAUGGUUGAAUACCACUUGGAAGAACAUGAGUGGUUAGGUUAUAUGUACAAGAUAAGGAACAAGUGGAUUCCGGCGUAUUUCAGAGAUGUGUUCCUUGGAGGAAUAAUGCGUACAACAUCAAGAUCCGAAAGCGAAAACAACUUUUUCUGCUCCUUUAUCAAUCCUCAUGUGUCAUUUGUUGAGUUUUACUUGAGAUAUGAAGCUGCAAUUGAUGCCCAGAGACACACUCAAGGUCAGAAUGAUAAUGAUUCAAAGCACAAAUAUCCUGAGUGCAAAACACCACUAGGGAUAGAAAAGCAUGCCUCACAUUUAUAUACUAACUCUGUCUUUUAUGAGUUUCAAUAUGAGAAAGAAAAUGGAUUGGAAGUUGCAAAAGUAAGUGAAGGAAAUCGGAUUAGAACAUUUGAUGUUAUGUUUAAUCCAACUAACUUUGACACCACAUGUUCUUGCAAAUGGACUACUAUGGCACUGAAAAAACCAAUUUUUGACUUGGGUGGAAACCUGUUGGAGCAAUGUGCUAAUUUAAUUGACAAGAAAAAAUUGUUAAAUGAUUUAUGGUCAGAGAUACACAAUUGUGUAAGUUUGGCAGAAGGCAAUGAUGAAGAUAUUCAAGAUCUUGUGAUAAAUCUUCAAGGAAUAAGAAAGGAUUUGGAGGCUAAGAGGAUUGCAAGGAAUAAUGAAACAACAGGAAGUGCAAACAACAAAGGACAAGACAUUGAGCUAUUGAUUGGAGCUAGUGUGCCAACUGAAAUAAUUUUCAAACCUCCAAAAAUUUCAAAGAAUAAAGGGACUGGAAUUCAUGUAUCAAAUGUAGAGACUUCAAAAGAGAAAGGGGUUGAGAUUGAUGUGCCAAAUGUUGAAACAAGAGAAAUAGUCCAAUCCAAGAUAUUAUACAAUGAGUUCAGUAAAGAGAACAACCCAACAUACCUUAAUCUUCAAAAUCAUAGAGGCUAA